GAAGGGGAAACUCAGCUUAAAGCAUAUCGCCCUGUCUUUUAAUGUUAUACAAUAAAAAAACUGCUUCAAUGCAACUCGCUCUUCCCAUUUCCAUCUCUCAGUAAUCAGUUUACUUCCCUUAAUGUACUUCAAGCGUAAAAGGAAACCCGUAUUCAAUUCUCCCUCCACUCCCAGUCGUUUCCUUUUUUACUUUAAGAAAAUGCUCAAAAUUCUCAAUCUAACUCGAUCACGCAUCAAAGAUCUUCUGUUGAUAUUUUCCCUUUUUGUUUCCAUUUUUCUCGUCUUCCGCCACCCCCAAGCCCCUCUCCCACUCGCCACAACGGCCCCGUCCCCUUCACCCACGCGCCGCUAUCACCUCCUCUUUUCCAUUGCUUGCUCCUCAAACUCCUUCCCCCGCCGAAGCUCCUACAUUCGCCUCUGGUACACUCCACGCGCUACCCGCGCCGUCGCCUUCCUCGACCAACCUGUCUCCUCUUUGGCGGACCCCACUCUCCCUCCCGUCAUCGUCUCCGGCGAUACCAAAUCAUUCCCUUACACCUUUAAGGGUGGUCUCCGUUCGGCUAUACGAGUGGCGCGUGUAGUCAAAGAGGCGGUUGACCGCAACGAAACGGGAAUCAGGUGGUUCGUGUUCGGGGACGACGACACUGUUUUUAUCGUGGACAAUUUGGUAAAAGUGCUUUCAAAAUACGAUCACGAGAAGUGGUUUUACGUUGGGAGCAAUUCUGAGAGUUACGAGCAAAAUUUGAAGUACUCUUUUGACAUGGCGUUUGGCGGGGGAGGGUUCGCUAUCAGUUACUCCUUGGGAAAGGUUUUGGCUAGGGUUUUGGACUCUUGCUUGAUGAGGUACGCUCACUUGUACGGAAGCGAUGCUAGGGUUUGGUCUUGUUUGGCUGAGCUUGGCGUAGGUUUGACUCAUGAACGUGGUUUCCAUCAGGUUGACAUGCGGGGUAAUAUUUUUGGAAUGCUUACUGCACAUCCGUUAUCUCCUCUGGUAUCUCUUCAUCACUUGGAUGCUAUGGAGCCAGUGUUCCCAAAUAUGAGCAAGACUCAAGCUCUGGAACACUUCUUUAAAGCUGUGAAUGUUGAUUCUUCCAGGAUUUUGCAGCAAACUGUCUGCUAUGAUCGUUUCAAUUCAUUGACUGUUUCAGUUGCAUGGGGUUAUGCUAUUCAGCUUUAUGAAGGCAAUCAACUCCUUCCGGAUCUCCUUUCAGUGCAGAAAACCUUUUCUCCAUGGAAGAGAGGUGCGAAUGUUGGCGCUCACUUUAUGUUCAAUACGAGAGAAUUUCCUGGAGAUUCAUGUAAAAGACCCUUAGGAUUUUUCCUAGAAAGUGUUGGGUCGGACAAAAAUGUUGUCUGGAGCACUUAUACCAGGUAUUCUGAUGCAAAUUGCCUCAGAGCUGAUGCAAUAAAGAACCUCAAGGAGGUGAAAGUGGUCUCGCAGAAGCUGGAGCUUGAUAUGGAGCAGAUAAUGGCUCCUCGUCGCCAAUGCUGUGAGAUUUUGCCUUCAUAUAAUGAAUCAAUGGUUAUCAACAUUAGAAAGUGUGGAAUUGAUGAACUGAUAUCCAUGAAUGCAUAGCACUUCUACCAAGAUGACUGCUGUUGUGUGAAAAACUAAGGCAGGCAUAAAGCAUGCGGAACUUCAAUCAAACUUCUGCUUAAUUUAUAUUGUAAACUGUGAGGAGAGGAAGCUCAUGACUAAAGGUGGCCUUGUGUCUUUGGUUUUAGCAUUCGGUGACCAUCACGAUAGAUAGUGAAUGACCUUGAUCUAAAGGAGACUGCUCCAACAAUCUUACCUUCUAAGAUUUGGCGAAUGCUGGCUGAGGAAUUGGCUGCUUUUUGUUAAAUUGAUUGGCUUCAUUAAUCGACUGCUUACCUCUGGAGAUCAAGGGCCAGCUCGUGAUUUUUGUACAGGGUAUUUUCUUAAUGUAUUGCAGUCUCUCGUUGCUUUGGAGUCUGAACUCUGCCGUCACGCUCUUUGUUCAUUCUCUUUGAUAUUUCAUUCGCCAUUUUUAAACGGAAACGUUUGUGAAAAUGAAAUUUGCACCCUCUUUGUUUCAGUACAAUGAUUUUCACA